AUGGCAGUCCAGGAGCCAAUCGAGAAGGCUGCACCAGCACCAUUGACCGGAUCUGCGGGCCACAGGCUAAGUGUGGAAGACGGCGACUGGGCUUUGGCUGGUGAUCUCUUGUGGAACGGCGACUCCGAUCAAGCAACACCCAGGCAGUGUGUGAUCGUCCGUGGAAAGCGCAUCGCUUCCGUGUGCAGCAUUGAAGAAGCUGUUGAUCUGGGCCUGCCGGUUGAGCACUACCCGGGUUGCACGGUGAUGCCAGGCCUCAUCGAUGCUCAUGUGCACAUGGAGUUCAGUGAGCACUUCCCCCUGCACGACCAGCCUGAGCUGUCAGCAGCGCAGCUUCACCAAGCCAUGGCCGAGCGGGCCAUGCGCAUGCUGCGCAGCGGGAUCACGACCGCACGAGACUUGGGGGGACGUAACUAUGCAGCUCUGGGUCUUCGCGAUGCAAUCCGCAAGGGUGAAUGUUUGGGUCCUCGCCUGCUUUGCGCGGGCCAGCCGCUGACGGUGCCGAGAGGCCACUGCCAUCAGUGGGGCGGAGAGGCAGGCUCCCUGGAGGAAGCUUUGGCAGUCGUCGACCGCCAGGUGGAGAACCGCGUCGACUGGAUCAAGGUGAUGGCCACUGGUGGAAUGCGUACACCUGGGACAAAUGUGGAGGAAGCAGCCUUCUCUGUCCACGACCUGAAAGAGGUGGUUGGCCGUGCGACUGCAAAGUCGCUGGCGGUGGCAGCGCACGCGCAUGGUGCCCAGGGCGUGGUCCAUGCGGUGCAGGCAGGCUGCAGAACGGUGGAGCACUGCACAUGGAUAGCGAAGGCAGGCCAGUGGGGCUGCGUGGAUGCUGCCACGGUGGAGGCCAUGGCUCGGCAAGGCAUUGCUGUUGCCCCAACUGCACACGCGAACUGGCGAUCCAAGCCUAUGGGACAUCGCAAUUACACCCGAAUGUGUUCAGCCUUGCAACAGCUGCGCGCGGCUGGGAUCCAGCUCCUGGCCUCCUCAGAUGCGGGGGCCAUCCCAGGUCUUCCCCACGACGCUCUUCAUGCAGGCAUUCAGGUUCUGGCCGAGAUGGCAAGGAUGACGCCCGUGGAAGCUUUGAAAGCUGCUACAUCGGCCUCAGCUGCUGUUUUGGGCCUUGAGGCAGAGUGUGGUCGUCUAAUGCCACGCCUCUCUGCGGACUUCCUGGUGGUCGCUGGCAAUCCGACUGAAGAUCUGGGUGCGCUCGGCCGCCCUGCGCUAGUGGUGGCGGAGGGUCGUCGCGUGGAGCCCUUGGCUCCUCCACCGCCUUGGCCAAAGGUCGCCAGGCAGAGCCGUGCUCGAGCGUAA